AUGCCACCACGUGCAGCUGUCAAUAUUCACAACCUUUCCUUCAAGACCUCGAUAUGUACAUCAUGCCUGAGACGAGACUUCUCCUCUACACCAGCACCACAGACUCGGCUGCGGCGGCAGAUGUUCGCGUGGCUACAAGGGCCAGGUGAAAGCUUUCGACAUCCCCUACCGAACUCUACGAAUUAUUUGUCUGCAUACAACAGGCAAGGCAAAUUGUUACGUGAGGGCGAAGACACACCAGAAUCGACAGAAGAUCUCCGACCUUUUCCGUUAAACAAAACCUUCGUUUCCGAAGCUAUACUGUCAGAGGACUUGCGGCAAGAGAUAUGGCGCAGGGUUCAAGUUGAAAAGAAAUCAGUACGGACAGUCUCCGUUGAACUUGGGGUUGAGAUGAGAAGAGUUGGUGCUGUCGUCAGACUGGUCGAGGUCGAGAACCAGAUGCGAGAAGAGCGCAAACAAUUAGCACUUCCAUAUGCUCGUGCUAUUCACGAAAUGUUACCAACGACGCCAUACUCACAAAGCAAAGUUGUCCGUCACGAAUCUAUUAACGACCUUCCUGUACAUCCACUCACGGACCAACAACUAUUCUACCCAACCUCCGAGUCUCGCGCUUUCAAUCGAACGGAUGCUGGUCGAGUAUUCUCAGCUGCAACUCGUUUGCCGGAUGAACAGGACGUAGCACAAGGAGGUGCAGCCAAACAGCCAUGGCAAGAUAUACAACCCGAAAAAGUAGGUAAGGGCAAGAAUGAGAUGGACAUCCUCAAGCCUGCCGACGCCAGAAUACCUCAUCCACAUUUAAUCGCUUUCGCGAAAGACCAGCAAGAGCUGAGAGGGAACGACGAUGAAAUAAAAAAUCGAUAUACACAAAGGCUCGAAGACGAUGCCACAUCGCGAGCUGAAGCGCGUGAGCGGAAAUUUGCAGCAGACGAAAAAAGGAAAACCAGAGUCGAUACAGGCCGAUGGCAGUUUGUGGUUACUGAUGUCAAGGUAUCACGACAAGGCACUGGCAUCACUGGUAGGGGAGCUGCUUCGCCGGGUAUGCGCUAUGGUGUGCCGCAUGAGGACAGAAAGAAAGGACAAGUCAAGAUACCCACGAGAGUCGAAGUGUAA